CGGACGCCCCCUCGGAUGAAUGGGGCCCGGGGCGGAGUGCGCACGUCUCAGUUAGUUUGGCCACCCACAACGGGAAGCCUCUGCGCGCCACGGAUCGAGCUGCGCCCCGGGAUGGUGGGGGGCGUUGAGGGCCGCGACGGAGCGGCUGCAACUCGGCUUCCUGGGGUAGCGGUCUAGGCGGGCGCGAACCCGGCACCGGCUCCGGCCAUGCGCCCGGCGUUCGCCGUGGGCCUGGUUUUCGCCGGCUGCUGCAGCAACGUGAUUUUCCUCGAGCUCUUGGUCCGAAAGCAUCCAGGAUGUGGGAACAUUGUGACAUUUGCACAAUUCUUGUUUAUCGCUGCGGAGGGCUUUCUCUUUGAGGCCAACUUGGGAAGGAAGCCACCAACGAUCCCAAUAAGGUAUUAUGUCAUCAUGGUAACCAUGUUCUUCACUGUCAGUGUGGUGAACAACUACGCUUUGAAUCUCAACAUCGCAAUGCCCCUGCAUAUGAUCUUCAGAUCUGGUUCUCUAAUUGCCAACAUGAUUCUAGGGAUUAUCAUUUUGAAGAAAAGAUACAGUAUAUUCAAAUAUACCUCCAUUGCCCUGGUGUCUCUGGGGAUAUUUAUUUGCACUUUUAUGUCAGCAAAGCAAGUGACUUCUCAGACCAGCUCCAAUGAAAAGGAUGGAUUCCAAGCAUUUGCGUGGUGGUUACUAGGUAUUGGUGCAUUGACUUUUGCUCUUCUGAUGUCAGCAAGGAUGGGAAUUUUCCAAGAAACUCUAUAUAAACAAUUUGGGAAACAUUCAAAGGAAGCUUUGUUUUAUAAUCAUGCUCUUCCACUUCCCGGUUUCAUCUUCUUGGCUUCUGAUAUUUAUGACCAUGCAGUUCUAUUCAAUAAGUCUGAACUGUAUCAGAUCCCAGUGGUCGGCGUGACGCUACCCAUCAUGUGGUUCUAUCUCCUCAUGAACGUCAUCACCCAGUACGUGUGUAUCCGGGGUGUCUUCAUCCUCACCACAGAAUGCACCUCGCUGACUGUCACCCUGGUGGUGACACUACGUAAAUUUGUGAGCCUCAUCUUCUCUAUCCUGUACUUCCAGAACCCCUUCACACCCUGGCACUGGCUGGGCACUUGCUUCGUCUUCCUUGGGACCCUCCUGUACACGGAGGUGUGGAACAACCUGGGGACAGCUAAGAGCCAGCCUUGCAAGGACAGAAAGAACUGAGCCUGUGGGGAAGAAAGACCUGUUGAGGUUGGACCUGAGUGUUGCUCUGGCAGCGUGGAGUCCAUGGGGGUACCUAAGAACCCUCAGCAAGAGUUGGCUACUCCCAUCUCUAGUGACCCUGCCCCCCUGGCCUUUGCUAAUAGAAUGGAAGCUUCUCCGCCCUGCAGUGGGUAUAGCAUCAGUUGUCUCCUGUAGAGCUCUUUGCUCUUUCUGUUCUGCCUCCCCAGCUCUUUAGUACUGCGAUUGGGUUUCAUGUUCCAAGUCCCCGGAGCUACUAGCUCACUCUCCCUUGUCUAAGAGGAGACCUUCUCUUGCUGUUCACAGCCAUCACUCUUCUUCCUUGGCCUCCUCCCAGAUCUCUUGCCACCUGUCCGCUCCUCCAUAGCCCUUUCCCAUCACCCCCAGCAUCGCUGUAGGAGCCACCAAUCUGCCACUUGAACUGAAAUGCCUGGACACAGGGCAGGACUUCUCCCAGUAUUUCAUCAUGAGCAUAGCUUUGGUGACACUGGGAACUGGUAUCUAGUAGGCUUUCCCAUGUCCAGCACUGGUUUUCUAUUUUCUCUAUGCACAAGUCCUGCUUUGCUCUCUAUGGCUUUCUAGACCCGCACAGAAAAGAGAGCAAUGCUCUCUUUCCCUUUGUCUUUUUUUUUUUUU